AUGAAUCGAGAUGAGAAGCAAAGUGCGCUUCCGCUCCCCACCUCGUCGAACCACAUUCCCGCGUUGAGGGCGCUCGCCGAGUCUGACGCGCUCUCGCCAAGCUUACUGAUCCUCUCCGACGCCGCGAGGACUCUGUCUCGCGGGGCGUUCCUCUACCUCAAUCUCGCGUCUCACUCGCUGGUGCACCUGGAGAUUCGCAACUGCGAAUGGCUCGAAAGUUUGGACUUCGUGUCCGAGCUUCCGUCGUUGCGAUGCCUGUCCCUGCGGGGGUGCGUCGCGCUGCCGUCCCACUCCCUCGAAGCUCUCGCGCGUCCGCCGAAGAACGACGACGCUCACGCGCCCCCGCGACGGCGCGGUCGACGUCGACCGGAGCUCGCCGGAAACCGCGCCGGAGCUCGCGAUCCCCCGAACCUCGUGUCGCUCGACCUGUCGGGAUGCGCCGCCGUGGACGACGCCGCGGGUCCUCACCUCGCGCGUCUGCCGAGAUCGAUGAGGUCGCUAGACCUCUCGACGUGCGCCGUGGGCAACCUGCUCCUGGACUACCUGACGUACCGAGGCAGGCUGACGCGGUGGAGGCGCGACCGGCGGGGAAUCGGAGAGUCGGAGAAUGGGACGAGCGAGGACGGGACGAGCGACGACGACGGGUGCACGGCGACGGACCUUCGUCUGAGGGGCACGCGGGUGAGCGACGCGGGUUUGGGACACCUCAAAACCCUCGGCCCGGACGUGGCGCUGCUGGACCUCUCCGAGUGCCGGGGGGUAUCGGCGGGGGCGAUCGCGGAACUCGCGAGUGUUCUCGGGAUGUCCGCGUCGACCUCGCGACCGGGGCUGCUGGUCGCGCCGGGGACGGGUGAAGGCCGCGAGAUGUGCGCGUGCGGUUCGGGGCGCGAAUCUUGCUGCGAGCUUGCCGAGGAGGGUUGGCGCGCGUUCCUGUGCGCGGUGAGGGAGGAGGAGAUCCGGGAGGAAGAGAUUCGGGAGGAGGAGAUUCGGGAGGAGAGCCAGAGGGUCGCGGCGCUCGCGGCGUCGGAGCGGGACGAGUCGGACGCCGUCGAGGACGACGGGAAUAUUCCCAUGUUCCCCAUCGGCGCCCCGUUGUCGCACUCGCACCCGAGCGGUGGCGAGAGUCCGCCGCACCAGUACCGACGCGUGUCAUACCUCAUAGACUAA